CUUUACCAUACUGUCUUCAAAUGACUGCAGAUGAGUAUCCAAGUUACAACCCCAAUUACGCAGAUUGCCAAAUGCUGUUUGUGAAGUUAUUUUAUGCAACAAAUUAAAGUAAAAGGAAAGUUCUUAUUACGUUAAAUGCUGUCUUUUCCUCUAAUAAACCGCUCUCUAAUAAAACCUAAUCGACUACCCAUAAUUACGCUACUAUCGAGUAUACACCCUAGAAAAGGUAGAGCAAGGACUGUGUUUAGGCACGAUUGUAGUCGAUUUUAUUCUACUAAUAAGGAAAAUGAUAACACAUCCAAAACUGACCUUUCCCUGGUGAGGUCGAAUGAUAUCGACCAACGAUUUCGAGACCUUGAAGGUUACCAUUUCAAUACUUACAAAUUUUUUAAGACAUUAGUUGAAGGAGGAUAUAGUGAAAAAGAAGCAGAGGCCUUCUUGGAUGUCACUAACAUGUUUAUAACUGAACUUUUACGACACAGUCAUAUGACCUAUUUAUCAGAAGCCGACUUUGAGAAUUGUUCCUAUUUAUUUCGAACUGCCUUGUCAGAGCUUCGUUCAGAGAAAAUCAAUAUGAGGAAAGAUCAAAUUAGCACACUUCGUGCUGGCCUAUUUUCGAACCAACGAGAGGUCGAAGGUUUAGAACAACUUGUUCAUGAGCAUCUUAACAAACUAAGCACUGAAAGUAAAAUGGAAUUUGAAAAUAGGAAAAAUGACACUCGGAAUGAUGUUCAACAGCUUAGUGCAAAGAUUGUGGAACUACAUAAUCUGUUAUCUGUUUCUUUGGGAAAGCUUCGAGCCGAAAAUGAAAAGCAAAAAUGGGAGCAGAUUCGGAAAGCUGCUGUCGUUGUAAUGUCGUUUACUGGCUUCUUGGUAUUAGUCAUUCCACUAGGCCUUCGAUUCCGCAGCAAAAAGAAAGAACAGGCGUAUAAUGUUGAAGAAUUAAAUGAUUAUGGACAAGAUAGGAAGAGAGAUGAUUAUCCAGACAGCACUAUUUCUCAUCUCUAGCAUACAUACCGAAAUGGAUCGUUAGUUUACCCUGUAUUAUAUGAACCAAACAUAAUCCCCCUGCUUAUACUCUUUGGAAGAGCUCAAACAUUGGCAUAAGAGUUUAUUUUAAUUAUUAAUAAUGAAUUUGUUGCUUUACUAACGAUUAGGAAGUAUUGACUAAUUACUAUAGUUGUAUACUCAGUAAAAGCUACCCUGCC